UAUUGUAAUCACGAAUAUGAUUCAUGGACCAUGUGGCAAUAUCAACCGCCAAUCACCGUGCAUGGUCGACGGCAAGUGUUCCAAACGGUAUCCGCGAAAAUUCACGGCAGAGACCAUUACAGGCAACGAUGGUUAUCCGUUGUAUCGGCGUCGAUCACCCGAUGAUAACGGAAGAACUAUCACAACUAAAGUGAAAGGAAUCGAUUUCACAAUUGACAACAGUUGGAUUGUUCCAUAUUCGCCACUUCUUUCGAAAACAUUCAAGGCACAUUGUAAUGUUGAGUAUUGCAAUUCGGUCAAAUCUAUAAAAUACAUUUGCAAAUAUGUCACGAAAGGGAGCGACAUGGCGGUUUUUGGUAUCCAAACAUCCAAUAUCAACGAUGAAAUCACACGCUAUCAAGUUGGUAGAUAUGUGAACUGCAAUGAAGCUAUUUGGCGUAUAUUUUCAUUCCCUAUUCACGAACGUUAUCCCACUGUUGUACAUUUAGGGGUGCAUCUAGAAAACGGUCAGAGAGUAUAUUUCACAGCGUCGAAUGCUGCUCAACGUGCCCAAACACCUCCAGCGACAACACUGACCAGUUUCUUUGCGAUUUGUCAACAUGAUCCAUUCGCACGAACGUUGCUUUACUCGGAAAUGCCACGUUAUUACACUUGGAACGCCGCAUCGUUCCUGGUCAUCCAGAUAUGCGUUCUGCUGAUGCUCUUGGUCGUAUUUACACAGUGCAUCCAAAGAAUGAUGACUGUUUCUAUUUGCGGUUGUUGCUGGUACAUGUUCGAGGGCCAACAUCAUUUGAAUCACUACGAACUGUUAAUGGUAUAGUGUGCCCCACAUUUCGUGCAGCGUGUCAAGAGCUGAAUUUGCUUGAAAACGAUACUCAUUGGGAGACGACAAUCGCUGAAGCAAUUAUUUUUGCAUCUCCAAGUCAGAUACGCACAUUAUUUGCAAUCAUCAUUUCAACAUGCUUCCCAUCAAAACCACGUGACCUGUGGAACAAAUAUAAAGAUAAAAUGUCAGAAGACAUUUUAUAUCGAAGUCGUAUCAACUCAAGAAAUCCCGAUCUUGAGGCGAACCAGGAGAUGCAUAACCAAGCCUUGCUUUUGAUCGAAGAUAUAUGUUACCUCAUAUGCGGCAGUUUGUUAGAUAGGUUAGG